AAGAUGGCCGCAGUGCAGCGCGCGGCGGCGGAACCCUGAGAUGACGCAAGCUCCAGUUUACGUUCAGCCCUCUCGGCUCCGAGCGCCCCAGUCUCCACAGUAGAUCCCGCCCGCCGCUGGAGCCCGGAAGGCUGGCCGGGGACCCUUCAGUGGACCGAGCGGAACCGGUUCCUCAGAGUGUGAGUGCGAUGAGGAGCGGCUCCAGGGAGUGAGGCCAUGGGCUGCACCUCCGCCAAGCAGGUGUCGGCCGUGCCCAACGAUGAGGAGGGACGCGGCAAGGUCUACAGCAACGGGGACGCCUUCUCCGAUGAAUACAAGAUGAAGGGAGUGGAGGAGGUGAAGUACAUGAAAGGAGAGGAAAACCGAGUCAAUGCACGGAACCAGGAGAACCUGGAGAAGAGUAAUGCGCCGCUCAAAGGGAAGCCGCAGAAAGAGGCGGCCGCAUCAAACGUCAAGUCUACCAUUCACACGUCGGAGAGCCAGCAGGAGUUUUUCAGGAUGUUGGACGAGAAGAUUGAGAAGGGCCGGGACUACUGCUCUGAAGAAGAGGAGGAGGAGACAUAGCACAGAUGCCGCCAAAGUCGCAGUGUGUGAGUGAGUGAGUGACAGGAGAGACGCAGGGUUUUGGGGGCGGGGCCACGCGCCAUCACCUUUUUGUACAUACGGCAAAGAUAGUAUUUUAAGUGUGGAUGAACGAUUGCUUGAGUGACGGAGAGACGAACGUGAAAGAGAUGGAGGAGAGAGCGGCGUGUCCGCGGUCCUUCCUCGGUUCCUCCGCGGCGUUCCUCCACGGCGUUCCUCCGCGGCGUGAUCUUCCUGAGCGACUCCGACAGCUGGACUGAUGAACUCCUGAAUGUUACCUGAGAGGAGACGGAAAGCCAUACGACUCCCGCCGCUCCAGGAGGCGAGUGAUCCUGGACUCUGCGGGUUAGCGAGCGGCCGUCAUGCUAACGCUAGCACGGCUAGCACGACGGGCGAGGAAGACGAGUAUCUGGGAUAUUUUAAAGAGAGAGGAGGAAGAGAGCGGACGAUAGAAAACUCUAAACUUCUCCUGCCUUUGAAUUUAAGAAACUUUAUUUUUUAUUCUGCACAGUGAAUCACUCGUUUGUUUUUGUCUUUUUCUGUUUUCCUUCAUCGCUCAUUAGCAGAGACGUGCACGCGCGUGUCACCAGCAGGAAGAGCUUUGUGGUUGUGCUUUUAUUGUGGAGGAGCUGGGCUGAGCUCAGGGGGAGGGGGGCUGCACGGUUGCCGUGGAGACACAUCUGGUCACUUUGUUUGGUCAUCUUUGCGUCCUGUUGUAUCAUUUUAAAUCCUUUUUUCUAUUAAAAAGAAAACCACAGAACCUCUGAA